AAGCGAUCAUGGGUUCUUCUUCUAGAAAUCUCUAUGCAGGAAUUGGAGAAGGUCAGUCUACGUCUAGGCCACCACUCUUUGAUGGCACCAACUAUUCCUAUUGGAAGGAACGUAUGAGAAUCUACAUCCGUUCCACCAACUUCCAAUUAUGGUUGGUCAUCAAAAAUGGAGAACAAAUUCCAAUGAAGAAAGUAGGAGAAACCACGGUUCCAAAGACUGAGGACGAAUUUGAUGCCGAGGACAUCAAAAAGGUGGAGAACUACGCCAAGGCUAUCAAUAUGCUGUACUGUGCCGUCAAUCCUGAUGAUUAUCGUAAGAUUUCUUGCUGCACCACUGCCAAAGAAAUGUGGGACAAACUAGAGGUCACAUAUGAAGGUACGGACCAAGUUCGGGAAGCCAAAAUUGACUUCCUAACGCAGGAGUACGAAAUGUUCAGGAUGAAGGAAGAAGAAAAGAUCGAUGACAUGUUCGAUCGGUUUUCAAAAAUCAUCAACGACCUUCAUGCUCUCAAGAAGACGUACACCAACAGGGAUCUCGUGAGGAAAAUCCUGCGAAGCCUCACACCCGAAUGGAAAUCAAAGGCAGACGCAAUCUAUGAAUCCAUCGGAGUCUCAAAUGUCACCAUCGACGGGCUAAGAGGUAAUCUCAAAACUUAUGAAUCCACUAUCCUAACCCCGUCUUUGGAUGAACAAAAGAAGAAGGGUAUAGCGCUGAAAGCAACCAAGGAGUCCGCGGAAGAUGACUCAAGCGACGAUGACCACGAGUUUGGACUCGUCAUCAAGAAGUUCCACAAAUUCAUGAAGAAAGAAUUUGAAAGAAAAGGAAGAAAGCACAACGGGCCCCCGAAGUGCUAUGGUUGUGGUGAGAUAGGCCACAUCAAGCCGAGGUGUCCAAAAAGCAAAGGCGGCAAGGACAAACCUGGCUUCAAAAAGCAACGCGCCUAUAUCUCUUGGGGAGGCGACUCCGGGGAUGAGUCAACGGAUCAAGAAGAGGAGGAAGCCGCCAACCUCUGCCUCAUGGCACACGAAGAUCAAACUGACGACGUUCAAGAG